GGUGAAAGAGUUGCGGAACCGAGAGGAUACGGGGCUGCAGGGAAGAAAAUAGGAAAGGGGGGGUGUGUGUUGUCAGACUUCCCUUACUGGAAGACUUUUUUUUUAACCGUUUUAUCUGUAACAGUAUAUCAAUCAAAUUAAAGGAGUGUACGUGAAAAGCUGUGAAGAUGGCGCAGCCAGACACCAAGAGAUUCUUCGAGAAUCUGACCGGGGCGGGGAAAUCUAUCGCAGUACUCACCAGCGGCGGGGAUGCUCAAGGAAUGAAUGCUGCUGUCCGGGCUGUCGUCCGGAUGGGAAUCUAUGUGGGAGCCAAAGUUUACUUCAUUCAUGAGGGUUAUCAGGGUAUGGUGGAUGGAGGAGACAACAUCGAGGAGGCAUCAUGGGAAAGUGUCUCCAGCAUGUUACAAGUGGGUGGCACCGUGAUCGGCAGUGCCCGGUGCAAAGAGUUCCGGACCCACGAGGGGCGUCUGAAGGCCGCGCACCACCUGGUGCAGCGCGGCAUCACCAACCUGUGCGUGAUCGGAGGAGACGGCAGCCUGACGGGAGCCAACCUCUUCAGGGAGGAGUGGAGCGGCCUGCUGGGAGAACUGGUCCAGCAAGGUUUGAUUGAUGAAGAUGCAGUGCAGAAGUACUCCGCCCUGCACAUAGUGGGAAUGGUGGGAUCCAUUGACAACGACUUCUGCGGCACAGACAUGACGAUAGGGACCGACUCUGCCCUGCACAGGAUCAUCGAGGUGGUAGACGCCAUCAUGACCACUGCCCAGAGUCACCAGAGGACCUUUGUUUUGGAAGUUAUGGGAAGGCAUUGUGGGUACCUCGCUCUCGUGAGCGCCCUGGCGUGUGGGGCUGACUGGGUGCUGAUCCCAGAGAUGCCUCCAGCUGACGGAUGGGAGGACAAGAUGUGUCAGAAGCUGUCUGCGAACCGAGCAGGAAUGAAACGGCUGAAUAUCAUAAUAGUAGCUGAGGGGGCAAUUGAUUGUAACAACAAGCCCAUAACUACCGACCAUGUCAAGAAUCUGGUGGUCCGGUGCCUGGGGUUCGACACGCGUGUGACCAUCCUGGGCCACGUCCAGCGAGGAGGAACACCCUCCGCCUUCGACCGCAUCCUGGCCAGUCGUAUGGGUGUGGAGGCGGUCCUAGCCUUGCUGGAGACCACGGCUAACACACCAGCCUGUGUGGUGUCUCUCUGUGGGAACCAGUCCGUGAGACUGCCCCUCAUGGAAUGUGUUCAGAUGACUCAGGAGGUCCAGAAGGCCAUGGACGAGAAGAAGUUUGAGGAGGCUGUUAAGCUGCGUGGCAGGAGCUUUGAGAACAAUCUGAGGACAUACAAGCUACUGGCUCACCGUGAACUUGAAUCAGAGAUGUCACAAAGUAACUUCAACGUGGCCGUGCUGAACGUGGGCGCCCCCGCCGCGGGCAUGAACGCUGCCGUGCGCUCGGCCGUCAGGGUGGGCAUCUCCGAGGGACACAAGAUGUUCGCCGUCAACGAUGGCUUCGAGGGAUUCUACAAGGGACAGAUAAAAGAGAUCAAGUGGGCUGAUGUGGGAGGAUGGACGGGCCAGGGUGGAUCUCUGCUGGGAACCAAGAGGACUCUGCCUGCAAAGCACCUUGAAAAGUUAGCAGAGCAGAUGCGUAUAAACAAUAUCAAUGCCUUGCUAGUCAUCGGGGGGUUUGAGGCCUACCUGGGACUCUUGGAAUUGUUAUCUGCCCGAGGGAAAUAUGACGAGUUCUGUGUGCCCAUGGUCAUGGUCCCUGCCACUGUCUCCAACAAUGUGACGGGCUCAGAUCUCAGCAUUGGGGCAGACACUGCUCUGAACGCCAUCACUGACGCACUAGAGUGUCUGCUGCAGCUGUACGAGGCUCGUGGCAGCUAUGAGGAGUAUUGCAUCCCGAUGUGUAUGCUGCCUGCCACCAUUAGUAACAAUGUGCCGGGCACUGACCUUAGUAUUGGUGCCGAUACGGCACUCAAUGCCAUCGUAGAGACGUGUGACCGUAUCAAGCAGUCUGCCAGUGGCACCAAGCGCCGCGUGUUCAUCAUCGAGACCAUGGGUGGUUACUGUGGUUACCUGGCCAGCGUGGGGGGGCUGGCAGCGGGGGCAGACGCUGCCUACAUCUAUGAAGAGCCCUUCGACAUCAAAGACCUGCAGUCCAAUGUUGAACACUUGACAGAGAAGAUGAAGACCAGCAUUCAGAGAGGACUCAUCCUCAGGAACGAGAACAGCAACGAGAACUACACCACAGACUUCAUCUACCAGCUGUACUCUGAGGAGGGCAGAGGAGUGUUCGACUGCAGGAAGAAUGUCCUGGGGCACAUGCAGCAGGGAGGGGCCCCUUCCCCGUUCGACCGCAACUUCGGGACCAAGAUCUCGGCCAAAGCCAUGCAGUGGCUCUCCAAGAAGCUGAAGGAGACCUUCAGACAAGGGAGAGUGUUUGCUAACACUGAGGACAGCUGCUGUCUGCUGGGCAUGCGGCGUCGAGCACUGGUGUUCCAGCCGGUGGUGCAGCUCAGAGACGAAACCGACUUUGUCCACAGGAUCCCUAAGGAGCAGUGGUGGCUGAAGCUGCGCCCACUGAUGAAGAUCCUGGCCAAGUACAAGACUAGCUACGACGUGUCCGACUCCGGUCAGCUCGAGCACGUGGUCAGGAUCCGGCCCAAGGAUUUGGACGUCUCUGCGUGAGACCCCCCACCAGGGCAGCCGGUCCGUCUCUGCGUGAGACCCUCCUCUUCCACCCCCCCCCCCCUACUCCCGCCAGGGCAGCCUGUCUGUGUAUAAUAAGAGCACCAAUCACAGCAUCUCAGCUUCUGUAUGGUAACCCACGCUAGCGCCCCUCGUCUGUCGUCCUCUAAGACGUGGUCCCUCUCCUGGGAGGGCAGUGUAGUGGAGACGCUCAUCUCCUGCUGGACCUCUUACAACCAGCCUCCAGUUACUGUUUUCAGAUGCUGCGAGUGAUUCAUGUGAAUGCACACACAUUGUCUCUCUCUCUCUUUCCUCUUUUUUUUUUUUCUCUCUCACACACACUCACACUCACCUUUUCCUUGUCUUUAUGGUUGUCAUCUUGGCUUUGUUUCUCAAACCUGGUAUUAAAAUGUUGUUUCUGAACCCUCAAGGCUGCUCCCAGUACAGCCCAGAGACUAGAUGCUAUCCUACUGGAGCUGCACCAGUGUUAGGUUGAACAUGUUGCAUAUGUGGGAGCCGAAUAUUUAUACAUUUUGACAUUUUGCCUGCUCAAACCUUGGACAUAUGAUUGAGAAAUGUAGGUACCAAUAAAAGUAUUAGUCAUGUAAUGCACCAUUAAUUUAAAUUAAAAUGUCUAAGCCUAACAUUUCCCACCAAAUAAACGUAAUAUAUGAAUUCAA